AUGCCACAGUACUCAUUAUUGGGAUUGACACCAAGUGGUGCUGGGAACAAGAAUAGUAGCAAAGCCAAACGACCGCGCCCCAUUUCGAAACGAGCCUUCUUGUUUGGAUUAGGAACUUCGUUAUAUGCGAUUGCCGGUUUGAUGGAUUUAGUCUCUUAUUGGAGCAAUGUCAAUGAUGAAGAGGAUGAUGAAUUGAAUGAUUCCUUGACGGAGAAUGCCACACCCAUUGCAGCACUGGCUGCCUUUUUGUACAUUCUCAUGUCCAUUUUGACACUUUCUGUCACACCCUCUGCUUUGACAACAUCAAGACAACAUCAUCAUCAUCAUAACAAGCGCAAACAUCCUUGGUGGCAAAAAUUACUGGAAGAUCAUUUGGAAGUUCGAGCGGAAUACACCCUCCAAGUAUUAUUCCUCAUUGGUUCCAUCUUGUUGUUUGGCGCCGAAGAGCUCAAGACCCACAAGCUCAUGAGAAGUUUACGAAAACAACAACGGGCGUCUCAAUAUUGCUUCGUUGGAUCAUUGCAUUUGUUUUGGUUGUCAACUUAUGGACUGUACAAGAUCAUUCCAAACAGCGACAGCGAAUCGCACGAUAAGAAAAAGACUGCCGAAGAUGAACCAGAACUAGAGCAGCAACAACAACAACAACAACAACAAGAAGAGGAAUCAACAACCACAACGCCUGCCAACACGGAAGGAUCCCUCGAAAAAUGUGGCAGACUCUUAUUGAUCAUGGGAACGACCAUUGAAUUGUCCUUAAUUUAUGUCGAAUACUUUUCCCAAGCCAAAAUAUCCACCUCCACCAUAUUAAUGGGGACCUUUUGUUCGGCACUCUUUUGGUGGACCAAUGCACUUUUGGUCUGCAUGAAGGAACGAUAUUAUUAUCCGGACCAUUUGUUGAUUGGUCUGGACAAGAACGAUGGGAACAUUGUGGACUUCAGCUUCGAGGAUGCCAUGAAUCUACCGGAUCGAUUGCGACAACGACUGCAAGCACACCGACGUCAUGUCACACACAUUCGCGUCGUUUAA